AUAAUUUAGUCUGUCCAGAUACUGAUUCUCAUUCUACCUUUCAUUAAUCAUUUUAUUUAAAUUGUACGCCUAUGAUAACCAACGCUUAAAAUCCGCCUCAUUGUCUUGAGAGCCCAAACAAUUAUGGACAACGUUCAAUCACAGGCGUUCAUUUUGGCCAGAUUAAACGCGGGGUUAAACGUUGGUUGGCCAUUUUGAUUUUGUACCGGGGAAUUUUGGAGCUGUGCGCUGUGUUUGCCCGUUUGCUAACAAACAUACACUCACUUUGGCUUUAUUUUGCUGCACAACUCAAUGAUUAAUGCAAUGGUUUCUAUAAAACGAGAGAGAGAACUUGACUUGGAGGACGAUGAUGAAGUGCCUGUGAAAAUUGGCCGUUCGUCCGAGGACCGGAGAAGUCGCCACUGUCCCUACCUUGACACAAUUAAUAGGAGUGUGCUGGACUUCGAUUUUGAGAAGCUGUGCUCCAUUUCGCUUUCCCACAUUAACGUGUAUGCCUGUCUUAUCUGUGGAAAAUACUUCCAAGGUCGAGGUUUGAAGUCCCAUGCCUACACUCACAGUGUUCAGUUCACGCACCAUGUAUUUCUCAAUCUGCACACACUCAAGUUCUACUGUCUGCCAGAUAACUAUGAGAUUAUUGACUCAUCGCUGGAAGACAUCACGUAUGUCCUGAAGCCCACAUUCACCAAACAGCACAUCGCUGGAUUGGACAAGCAAGGAAAGCUGUAUCGAGCUUAUGAUGGCACUACCUAUCUGCCUGGCAUUGUGGGGCUCAACAACAUCAAGGCUAACGACUACGCUAAUGUGGUGCUACAGGCCCUGUCCAAUGUGCCACCGCUACGGAAUUACUUCCUGGAAGAGGAGAAUUACCGCGGCAUCCGUAGGCCACCUGGUGACAUCAUGUUCCUGCUGGUGCAGCGUUUCGGUGAGCUGAUGCGCAAGCUGUGGAACCCGCGGAACUUCAAGGCCCAUGUCUCGCCCCAUGAGAUGUUGCAGGCAGUUGUGCUGUGUAGCAAGAAGAACUUUCAGAUUACCAAGCAAGGGGAUGCUGUGGACUUCCUGUCCUGGUUCAUGAAUGCUCUGCAUGGGGCAUUGGGAGGAACCAAGAAAAAACCAUCAAGCCUUACCAAAGUAUUCCAGGGUUCCAUGCGUAUUUUCUCCAAGAAGCUUCCUCAUCCAGAUUUGCCACCAGAAGAGAAAGAGGCUCUGCUCUUGAAGGAGGAGUACCAAGAGGUGAUGUCUGAGUCUACCUUCCUCUUCUUGACCCUUGACCUUCCCACAGCCCCGCUGUAUAAAGAUGAAAAGGAGCAGCUUAUCAUUCCACAGGUCCCUCUCUUCAACAUCUUGGCCAAGUUCAACGGCAACACAGAGAAGGAGUAUAAAACCUACAAAGAGAAUUUCCUCAAGAGGUUCCAGCUGCUCAAGCUGCCCCCCUAUCUCAUCUUCUGCAUCAAGAGGUUCACGAAGAACAAUUUCUUUGUGGAGAAGAACCCUACCAUUGUCAACUUCCCAAUCACGAAUGUAGACCUUCGUGAGUACCUGACCGAAGAGGCUCAGGUCACAGAAAAGAACACCACCUAUGACCUGGUGGCCAAUGUGGUGCAUGACGGAAAGCCCACGGAGGGGGCAUACAGAAUACAUGUCCUGCAUCAUGGCACUGGGAAGUGGUAUGAGCUCCAGGACCUGCAGGUCACGGAUAUCCUGCCCCAGAUGAUCACACUGUCAGAGGCCUACAUUCAGAUUUGGAAAAGAAGAGAGAGUGAAGAUGAUGACAACCACACAGGAGCUUGAAGGAGGCAUUGUAUUGAAAGAUUGAUCGUACAGGGAAAGAUGUCACUCCCUGGCCAGUGGUCAGAUGACCUCAGGGUAAGCACACCCACCACAUGAGGAACAGGAAUGUGGAUUUAGGAUUUCGAGGAAAACCAUUGUCAUCUGUUAUUCUCAUUAACUUUUACAUGUCAAUGGCGGAAUAAACCAGCUUUGAAAUGUUUCCAGUAAUUUUUUUUAAAUAAAAGUGGAGAAUUA